UCCCCUCAUGAUAUUUUCAGCUCCCUCAAAUACUCCUCUUUGUUGAUGGAUGUUCGUCAAACACUUCACGAUACUCAUUUUAUCUUCUAGAAUUAUUGUUCUUCAUUCUUACAUCAAUCCCCUCAUCAUCUUCGCAAACAGCUAUAUCUGCGUCAUUCACACGGCAUCACUCAGAACCCUAAUAGGUAUUUAGGGUUUGUCGUCAUGUUAUUCUCGAACUCACGCCUCCGUUUGUUCCUUGGAAUACUCGCCAGCUAUGGCAUGACAAUUGCCUCGGUACUCCAUCUCCCCAGGAAUGAGCCGUUUCUGGCUGCAGUCUCAUCAACCAGUCUUCAAUCACCGGCCCCAGGCUCUGCGCAAUGUAUGAACCCGCCCGACCUUUCGGUUCCCGAUGAAGUGCAUGCCGCAGCUGAUAACUUCUUCAAAAAUUGGGUGGAAACUCUAUGGAAAGAUCCCUAUCGCCUCGCGAAAUACAAGGCUAGCGAGAAGCCUCUUAUGUCUUUUUUUGGGGAGGAAAAUUGGGGAACAGAAGCGAAGAGUAUGUAUUGCAAGCUUAAUGAAGAUUGCGGAGACUUGCCAAGCUGUUCCACUAUUAAACAAUUCCAGCUUGGGAUUCGUGGGAACAGGACCGACGAGGAAAUUGAGCGACACUCUGAGAUGCUCUUUUUGCUCAGACUAAAAUACCAGGUAUUCCAUGUACUUCUGAAAAGGAAUUAUGAUGCCAUGGAUUCAGCCCGUACGCAUAUUGCUUUGGUGGCCGAUAGUCUCGCUCUGGACUUUACUCGUCAGCCUGAUAUGGUCCAGGAUGCUCAUUGUGAGAUGUCCAAACUCGAGACUAGCAUGUUUUUUCAAGCCGUCUUUGCUGGAAUAGAUCUCUUGAACGAAACGGAAAAGGGUACGGCAACCCUCGUUAUGGCGGGAGCGCCAGAAGCAGCACCUAUUGUGAAAGGAGUACAAGCAGUUGCGGAGAUAGCUAUGGAUGCUGUGAAAUCGAGGAUUCAAAUGGCGCAGUACGCAACAAACCUCGUUAAUGCUAUGAACGAAUACCAUGAAUGGGAAUUCUAGAAAGAACAGGCCGAAGCAAAUCAAGCGGAAGCAAAGGAGGGGAGCACCGGGGAUGAUCCAAAUAUUAGCCAGUCGUACCACACUGAUGUUUGUCACCAAAGUAAGAAGGACGCCAAUUUCAAGACUGCCGCCGAUCUCAAAGAAGUCACUGAGAAACAGUUCGGCAAAUACA